GCGCAGCAGGACAUGCCGAUCCCUCCAGAGCCACCCCUGCUGGCGCCGCCGUCGACGCCAGGGGCUGAGGAGAUCUCCUCGAAGCUGUCCGUGGUGCGCCCAGUCUGGCCUGGAGCGUCGCCGGCGGCAGAGGGUGACGACAUCUUGAGGCGGCUGGGAGAGGAGGCGGGAGCCUCGUGGCUCGGAGAGGGCGUCGGCGGCAACCUCGACGAGCCCUCCAGCGAUGCCGAUAUGCUCGGCGAGCUGCUAAGCAGCAUCGCCGAUCAGGCGCCAGACAGCGCCUUUGUCGAGCAGAGGCGCGAGGCCCUGGACAGCGCUUCUGGCACGGAGAGGUACCCCCAGAGUCAUGCUGGUCUUCGUGCCCUGGGCUCAGACGCCGUCGACUCGGACGAGGAAGAGGACGCCCCAGAGCACGCCUGCGGCACCAGCGCCUCGCCGCGGAACACCCAGGAGGCGCAGCUGCAGCAGCUGCGCGAGGCUGGGCUGGUCGCGUCAUGCCACCGCGCCGGCCCAGCCGCCCCUGGCGAGGCGGUGGCGGCUGCGCUGGCGCAGCCGGGCCAUGCUGGUGCCGCGCCUACUGGGGCAAGCGAGCCGGCCUUGGAGAACAGCGCCUGGUGGGAGGAGCACGAGCCGAAGGUGCAGGAGAGCGUCGAGGUCCUCGCCCCGUAUGGCUACCGCGCGAGCGGGCCCGAGUGCUGGCUGCUGCCCCCGGACCGCUGCGGCCUGGAGCUCUCUCUUCAGGUGCAGGGGCACGAGGAGAGGGACUCGCACACCUGGUACUUGCUUGAGUGCAGCCUGACGAGUGACCAGCAGGGCGGCGGCCGUACUGACUGGCAGGUGGCGCGGCGGCUCUGGCAUCUCAGGACAUGGUUGUACGAGCGGAUAAAGCUCCGCCUGGGGGCCGCCUACGUAGAGCUCUUCGUCGACGUGCCGUUCGCCCGGCGCGGGGGCGUCAGUGGCACCACCGAGCGGCUGCAAGCCUGGCUGGCGCACCUGGCGUGCCUGAUCAACGCUGGGAGGGUCCCUCCCUCGGCCGCGGCUCUCGCGCUGACCUUCCUGCAGGCCCCAGAGAAAGCGGGGACCCGUGCGGAGGAUGGCAGCGCUGCGCUGGAGCGGUCGCCCUUGGCGCUGCGAAGCGGCGAGCUGUCGCAGCGGUCCGCGAACGGCCUCCACACGGCGCGCUCGCUGGUGUCGCGCCUCUUCGCGGGCGGCGCCGCGAGCUCCGAGGUGCCAGCCCACCUGGUGGGCAGGAGCUUGCUGGACGCGGACAUCUCGAGCCUCACCGCUACGUGGGUCAAAGCCGUGUCCAGGAAGUUGUCCACCGACGGGGUUGAGAUCACCAAGGUGGGCAGGAAUGCGUCGCCCUACAAGAGGCUCCUGCGCGUGGAGCCAACCACCAUGCUCCUGGUCCUCGAGGCGGGAGGACGCCUUGGUGUUGGUUCUUCCGGUACCCCGCUGGACGAUCUCAUUGAUAUAUCGACGGGCCUCGGCAGCAGGGAAUUCGCCAAGUUCUGCCAGAAUUACACCAAUGUCAUUGUUGUUGAGGAGAUGAUGAAACGUGCCUGUGUGCUCAAGACGGCAGGACGCACGUUGUCUCUUCUGUUUGAGACGGAGGCGAAGCGUGAUACCGUCAACCUUUUUCUGGUUUGCUUACUGAAGUCGAAGAGCCAUGUUGCGACGGCAGGUGGCACUGAAGACAUUCUUGAUAGCACCGUGCGCUCGGAUAGACCUCGCGAGGGGUCCGCAAAGGUGGUGCAGCACAACAGCUCGGUUUACGAGGGUGAGUUCAAGAACUACUUGCGCCACGGCAAUGGCGUGCUGACGCUUGCUGACGGCACGCGCUUCGAGAGCGAGUGGCACAACGACCGGCGGCACGGUGCUGGUGCAGAGUAUUGCCCCGACGGCACCGUCUUCAAGGGGCAUUACCUGCGCGGCCUGCGCCACGGCCAGGGCACGAUGAUCUGGCCAGGAGGCGCCGAGUACGUUGGCCAGUUUGCAAACGGGCGGGCCGAGGGAACCGGCACCCUGAAGCGGGUCGACGGAACCGUCUACUCCGGGCAGUUUUCGGACGACUCCAUUGGAAGAAGAAAAAACCGGGCAUGGGGUCAUGGUGUGGACGGACGGCGUCUGCCGCUACGAGGGCCAGUUCAAUCAGAACCGCCGCGAUGGGCAGGGCACGAUGCUCUGGAGCUCCGGCCAGUGGCGCAGCUACGAGGGCGAGUGGCGCGACGGCCUGCACCACGGCCAGGGCACGCUCGUCGACGCCCGCGGCGCCCGCUUCGGCGCCACCUUCCUGGGGGGGCAGCUCGAGAGCUGGCUCGCGGAGCCCUCCGCGGGCGGUGCGGCCACCGCGGGAGGGGCGGCCCCCGCGGGGGCAGGGCCGGCAG